AUCUAUAUUGUUUUUUAACAGUCAAGUCCUUCAUCUCCAGAACCAGCUAGUCUUCCUGCAGAAGAUAUUAGUACAAACUCCAAUGGCCCAAAAACUUCAGAUGUUGUGCUAGAUGAUGACAGAGAAGAUCUUUUUGCAGAAGCCACAGAAGAAGUUUCUUUGGACAGUCCAGAAAGGGAACCAAUCCUCUCCUCAGAUCCUUCUCCUGCAGUCACGCCUGUGACCCCUACUACACUCAUUGCUCCCAGAAUUGAAUCAAAAAGUAUGUCUGCUCCUGUCAUCUUUGAUAGGUCCAGAGAGGAGAUUGAAGAAGAAGCAAAUGGAGACAUGUUUGAUAUAGAAAUUGGUGUAUCAGAUCCAGAGAAAGUUGGUGAUGGCAUGAAUGCUUAUAUGGCAUAUAGAGUAACAACAAAGACAUCUCUUUCAAUGUUCAGUAAGAGUGAAUUUUCAGUUAAAAGAAGAUUCAGUGACUUUCUUGGUUUGCAUAGCAAGUUAGCAAGCAAAUAUUUACAUGUUGGUUAUAUUGUGCCACCAGCUCCAGAAAAGAGUAUAGUAGGCAUGACUAAGGUCAAAGUGGGUAAAGAAGAUUCGUCAUCCACUGAAUUUGUAGAAAAACGGAGAGCAGCUCUUGAAAGGUAAGUCUAGACAGUUGUGCUU